UUGCUGUUUAGAAAGAGUAGAACCUGAUCACUACGCUAGAAUGAAAUUUAUUGCGUCAUUGUGACGUGUUUAGCUUCCACUAGGUGACCUAAACGACUGCUGGAAAAUGUCUCACACCCACGAGGAAUGGUCUGAGUCUAAUCUAAAUCACUAUCAGAGUGCACAUUCUUCCCGGACCAAAUCUGAGCGGAUCCGAAAUGAGGCGGAUACACUCAUGGCAAACUGUGCCAGCAAGACACAAAGAAGUCAACAAGAGGCGAAUAAUAGGUUGGGAUCAAGAAUAGAGGAUUGUAAUUCCUGGAGAGCUGAUCUUCAAACAGAACUAGAUAAUAAUAUCAGGGAGAACGGGCUACUGAAGGAAACCAAGGCUGAAUUAGAACAUGCUAUUGCAGAAACAGAACGCCCUCUUAGAAUCAACAAUGAGUGCAUCAAGAACAGAGAGGCAAGAAUCAGCAUCGAUCUUGUCAAAGAUGAGGUUGAAAAUAGUCUUGAGCGAGAAGUUGAGAAUAUUAAAACGUAUCAACAGCGAAUGCAGAAAAUGUUGGGAAAGGUCAACCAACAAAUAGAAACCAAUCACAGCAUGCAGGACAAACUGCAUGCUGAUCUAGAGCACAAGGAUAUGGCAUUGGAGAUAGAUCGUGACUGCCAUGAGAUGCACAACGAUGCUAUCGAUAUUAAGCAUCAUGAUGGAGUUGAAGAGGAGGAUGUUAGCGGAAGUGUCCCUCAGUCAUGGGCUAAAUUCAGCAAAAAUAAUGUUGAAGAAUCACAAGCAGCUGGGCGAAGUGCUACCCGGCAGCUGCGCUAUGACGUCAACAAUCUGAUCAACAACGCAGCCAGUGACAUGAGUGUUCACUGGAACAAAACCAACCGCUCAUUUACGGACAGAAUUUCUGAGACACAGGACGCACACAGAAACCUCAAAUCCAACCUAAUUCUUACCAAAAAUGAAAUCGCCGAAAUGGAACGGCAUAUAGAGAGAAUAAAAUCAAAUAUAGCCUCUAAAGAUCCUCCUCUACGGGUUGCACAAACACGCUUAAAGAAAAGAACUCGUCGACCUGAUGUAGAAAACUGCAAUGACUUUGCCCACAACAAGCUUCUGGAGGAGGUCAAUGAGCUUCAUCAAUGCAUAAAACAUCUGGAGGAUAAACUGCAAGAAGCCAACAAUGUUGCUCAAGAGCUCCUGAAAAACAAAGAACGCCUGGAAUCUAAUAUUAGAGUUAAAGCUAAUACUCUUCUGAUAGACAAACAGAAAUGUAUGUCAAUGCGCCGCAGCUUCCCUUACAAUGUUAUUGUUACAAAAUAUUUCUAACUGCUUUCAAACUAGUGUUCUAAAGAUUAGAUGUACAUACUUUAAUUCAGUCCAUACUUAGCACUCUGUAAAUUUCAUGGCAAUUCUGUUUAUCCACCAAGGUUAAAUCAUGGCCGUUAAAUUAGCUAGCCUCCAUUUUAAAAUUAAAUUGCCGCAUUGGAAAAGUAAGAAUUGUAAACAACUUGUUUAAACAAAAUACUUUAAUCAAUGACGACUAAUCAAAUAACUAAUUUUUUUGUACAUAAUGCAUAAGAUUAGAUUAGAUCUAUCAUACUACAUACAUAUAAUGAUUCAAUAGUUUUUUUUCAUUAAACAUUUGCAUGAAAACUUGAUUAAUAAACUUGUAGUUUAAAAUUGUGCACCUUUUUUUUUUUGGGGGGGGGGGGGGUUAAAUUUGUCUUGAGAUUUUCUAACUGCAAGGAAACAAAACAAGAUAAAAGUUUAUUAUGCAUUGCAUCUGAAAGUUUAAAAUUUGCAGUUUUAUCUACUAUAAUGAUAAAAAACAUUUCCAAAAAAUCAGAAAAAAACUAAACAAUUAAGAGUUUUCUAAUUGUUUUUCAUCAGAUUAAUUUUAAAGACGUAUCUAUUUUUUGGUCCUACAUAGUCCUACCAUGAUGGAAAGUAGAAAUACAAAAAAAGAUAAAGCUUGCAUGAAAAUCCACCAUUGCAUGAUUGAUACACUUGAAGUGCUCUAACUUUCAAGGAUUCUGGUCAAUUAAUCAAUUCUGGUCGGAUUAGCUGAUAUGGCUUUAGUGGUUAUAUCAGUAAAAGUUAAGCCAAGGAAAAUGUAAAUUUAUAGCAAAGUUAGAAAAUAGUACAUUAUUCCCCAGUCUUCCCCUACCUACACUUUCACUCAAUUGCAUGAAAAUUCACAAUUUUUAAAUUCCAAGUUUAUAAGGCAAUUAUUUACAUAUAAGAUUUUAAUCAUAAAAUUAACUUGAAAUUGAGUUUUGUGGUUUCAUGCAAUUUGAAAUAGCUUUAUAUUCAAACUGAACACACUUUUUAGUUAAAUAAAUUAUUCAAACUUUUAAAUAUCAACAAACACAUUACUGAUUCCUGAUCCUACAAAAGUCUGAAUGGUGCCAU